AUGGCGCCUGAUAUUCUUAUGGUACAACAUGUAUCUGAACGCAAUGUCGCAAAAUUGUCGGAGCCUGAAGAAAAAUUCCGAAUAGCUCUGCAAGAGGCUUUGAAAGUGGCCGAAGAACAAGACAUUGAAAUGGGAAUUUUCAACACAAAAUGUCUUCAUAUUCUUGAUGAAAGAAUUAAAAAAGGUCAGCUACUUAAACAAUUUCGACCAUUUAAAAAUGGUGCAACUGCUUAUGCCCCACCUUCAGAGCAAUAUCACGAGGAUGUUGUCAAUUUAUAUGAAUCUAUACUUGCUGAUUGUAAAAAUUCACGAAGAAAAAUUGAAUUUUCUGAAUGGAAUUCUUUAAUUCAAGGUUAUUGGCGAGCAGUCUCCCUUGAAAAUUUUGCUGUUCACUUCAAGAAUAUCAAAGAAAUUUAUGAAUUUAUUGAUCUUGGCAAACGAAUUACCAAGGUUAAAGAAGCCAUUAGCCGGGCGUUCCUAAAGCAUGAGGAAAAGAUUAUGCAAGAAAUUCGAUCUAAGCUUCAAAAUUGGUCUCCUGAUGACAGGGCAAACGAAAAUUCACGUCUCCGAAAUGAAUGUUUGAAGUUGAUUGAAUCGGGGCUAGAAGAUGUACUAAAUUGUGAUAAUAACUCCAAUUGUGAAGAAUGUAAAAAGGCAAAUAAAGAAAGGGUUGAACUGGAAGAUUACCUUAAGGAGAAAAAUAAUGAAAAAACUGAAACGGAAACUAAACAAACCAUUGAAAAUUAUAUCAAACUUAAUCGUCAAUCUGUAUCUGAUAAACUUACUCGAAUGCUUUCAGCUAUCAUUAUCCGAAAAGGUCUGUCAUCUGAAUCUCUUGAAAUAAUCAACAGGCAUUUAGAAGAUAUCAUAAGAAAUAUGCCAAGUAGAGGGUUUCCUGAUCAUGAGCGUAAACGAAAAAUUGAAGAAAUAUGGAAUGCACUGCGGUUUAACAUAUUAUCAAAAGAUAAGCCUAUACCGGUAGAGAGACUAAUAGAUGAAGACGUCAAUAAUAAUUACAAAACAUUGCCAGUUGAUCUUCAUUAUAAAUACAAAAAUGGAAUCUAUCCAGAUUUAUCUAAAUGUAAAGCAUAUAAACCGAUUAGUUAUAAUGCUUUAACUUCGCUCUCUCAAUGUUUGGAAAAGAAAGACGUCCAUGAUCUUCAAGGAAAACUUGAUAAUUUAGCUGAUCUAAUCUUCAAAGAUAGAACUUCUCAACAUUUUUAUCCUGGAAUUGUAAAUGAUCUCAAAAAAGUAAUAGAUAUGACAAUCGUCAAUUUUCAAAAACCUCGUAGCACUUUUUAUUCUGAUUUAAAAUGGAAUAUUCAUUUAUAUGCUUUGUUGAAGUUUAAACCAAAAAUGAAGAAAUUUCAAGACGACUGGGAAAAGGAAAAUAGUCCGCUUGGCAUACUUGAUCAAAAGAAAGAAGAGUACUUAAAGAUCAUUGAUACUCGGCUUCAAUAUGGACAUUCGCUUGUUUCUGAGGGUCAUAUUGUUGGGGACUAUUUAUUGAGAGUUAUUCAUAAAAAAGCAAUGAAGGCGGGGAACUCUGAACGUGUAAGAGCGGUCAGUGACAUAGCUUGGAUGACUAGUUCAGAAACAGUUAGACUCAAAUAUUUUGAGGAACUUGCCGAACAAGUUCAAAAAGGUGAUAAAGCAGCAGCUAUACGUCACUUUUCAAUUCCAGAAUAUUCUAUAAAAAAUUGGUUUAUACGUACCGUUAAUAGUAUUAAAAGUGGAAAUCCAGAACAAAAAUUCAAAGAGACAUUUAAUGCAGAAUUCGAACGAGCUCUUCAGGAAAUUCGUAACUGUAAAAAUUUUGAGGAAAUCAAAGUAUACGUAAAUAAUUAUAUGACACAAGUUGAUAAUGUGGACUAUAAGUUGGAUCUUAAGCAUAACCUAACUAAAGAUGGAAACUUAAAAUUAUUCCAACGUACAAUCGAGAAAGAGCUUGAAAAUAAAGGGAAUGGACGUUAUUCGAACCCCGAACCUUUUCAAGACCCAUCUGACGAUAAAUCAAUUAUGAAAAGACUCGGAUGUACGGAGGCAUGUCAUUGGUGCGGGGCUUUGUGCUGGGGAUCUCGAGACCAUCAUGAAAAUAGCGACACAACGAAAGUUCAUCAUACUAGCCAUCAACCCCGUGGUCUUACUGGAACAACACAUAGAGAUACAUGUGAGCUUAGGGCAAUGCCAUGUCAUAAAAUGACGGAUGAUUGGUAUGUGUGGUAUCAUGGUAAGGAGGAUGCAACUAUAUGGAGUGACGCAAUAGCUCGAGAUUUUUCGGAUUGGAAAUUCGAAGCUCACUGCAAUCAAAUUUUUAAUGACCUUAUGUGCUGGUUUUUUGAAAAGCUGCAUCAUGAUUUGGCAGCUAAAUGGGGUAGUAAACCAGCACCUUAUAGUGAAAUGAGAGAUCACGGUUGUCUAUCCUUGAAUUAUGAUAGUAUUAUUAGCACGAUCAGAACCAAAUUUUAA